AUGAACUUUAAAGAAGGAGAGAAUUUCAGAGAUCAAGAUGGAGACUUAUCGGGGACAAUUUCACUUGUUAUGACACAGUGUUGCAAAAGAAUAAAAGACACAGUUCAGAAACUGGCCUCUGAUCAUAAAGACAUUCACAGCAGCGUAUCCCGAGUUGGAAAAGCCAUUGAUAAGAAUUUUGACUCAGACAUCAGCAGCGUGGGGAUAGAUGGGUGCUGGCAGGCUGACAGCCAGAGAAUCCUCAAUGAGGUGAUGGUGGAGCACUUCUUCCGGCAGGGAAUGUUGGAUGUAGCCGAGGAGCUUUGUCAGGAAUCUGGCCUAUCAAUAGAUCAAAGUCAAAAAGAACCGUUUGUGGAGUUGAAUCGAAUAUUGGAAGCAUUAAAAGUUCGAGUUCUGCGACCUGCAUUAGAGUGGGCAGUAUCCAACAGAGAAAUGCUUAUGGCACAGAACAGUUCGUUGGAAUUUAAACUUCACAGAUUAUAUUUCAUUAGCUUAUUGAUGGGUGGAACAGCAAAUCAAAGAGAAGCACUUCAGUAUGCAAAAAACUUCCAGCCCUUUGCCCUAAAUCAUCAGAAAGAUAUUCAGGUGUUGAUGGGCAGCCUGGUGUAUCUGCGGCAAGGCAUCGAGAACUCCCCCUACGUUCAUCUCUUAGAUGCAAACCAGUGGGCGGACAUCUGUGACAUCUUCACAAGAGAUGCCUGUGCUCUGCUGGGGCUCUCGGUUGAAUCACCUCUCAGUGUUAGUUUUUCAGCAGGUUGUGUAGCAUUACCAGCUCUAAUUAAUAUCAAGGCUGUUAUUGAACAAAGGCAGUGCACAGGUGUUUGGAACCAGAAGGAUGAGCUACCGAUUGAAGUGGACCUUGGUAAAAAGUGCUGGUAUCAUUCAAUAUUUGCCUGUCCUAUUCUUCGUCAGCAAACAACAGAUAAUAACCCACCUAUGAAAUUAGUCUGUGGUCAUAUUAUAUCAAGAGAUGCUUUGAAUAAAAUGUUUAAUGGCAGCAAAUUAAAAUGCCCCUAUUGUCCAAUGGAACAGAGCCCUGGAGAUGCCAAACAAAUAUUUUUCUGAAGAAGAGUUUCAUUAUGCAGUUUGUAAGUGACACUCUGGAUUUCAGGUGCAUUUCAGGAGAAUUAAAACACACUUGUUCCCUUUGAUGCAGCAGACUGAGGACUCCUGUGUUUGUAUAAGCUAAUGCUACAGAAACUUUGCCAACAUUUAGUAUAUACAUACCAAGUGGAAUGCUACAGAAAUAUUAUUACCAUAGGGCUUUACUAUACUCUUGGUCUCCAUACCUGAUCAAGUUACUACACCAGCAGUUGUCAUUCAAUGCAGGAUUUUGUACUUAAUUAUAUGGUGACUUUUUACUUUUUAAAAGCAGAAAUUGAUCACCCCCAUUUGUUUAAUAUUAUUCCUGCUAUGAUUCUAUCAUUGUAUUGAUAACUGUCACCUUAGAGAAUGUUUGUGGAAAAAGUUUUAUUUCCUGUAAUGUGUACAUAAUUAAAGGUAAAUACUUCAGAAAAAAAAGGUUUGAUAAACUGAAUAGUGGUUAUAAAACUAAUUUGUAUUUUUUUUGCUGAAAAAGCUGUGAUAUAUUCUGAGUUUUUUCUUUCAAACAUUUUUUCAACUUUUACAUAUAAUUCAAAGUAAAUGUGCAUAUAUAUAAAGUAUAUAAAAUAUAUAGCCCCAAGGGGCUUCCUGUUAAAAUCCAUCACUAAUUUAUAAGGGUGAUGAGUGGCUCAAUUACUAUUGGAGCAGAGAGAGAAUAGGAAAAUCCUGUUCCUCUGGUUUUACCAUCGAGAAGUGUUUGUGUAAGAGGACACUCAAUAAAUUCUGAAGUGGAAAUGCUUUUAGUCAAUGACAUUUGCUCUCUGGCCUUUGUAGUCAUGUUCUUUGAACUUUGUAUUCAGGAUUAGGCUAUAAACGUCAUGUUGCUGUAUGGUUUAAUAGUCAUUAUAGUGUGCUAUUUAUAAACAGUUAUCAAAACCAAA